AUGGAUAAGCUCCCCAAGGAUCGAAGCGAAAAUGUUCUAGUGUGCCGGCGGAGUCAUACAAAAUCCCGCAAGGGCUGUAUCGCAUGCAAAGAGCGGCAUACAAAAUGCGAUGAAGCUCGACCUUCAUGUAGUCUCUGCAUCAGACGCGGGCUAGAGUGUUUGUAUCCUUCAGCCCCUGAAAAAGCUAAGGGGGAGCGCUCGUCACGAACUCAGCUCAAUUCAGAUGAUUCUUCGACAUCAUGCAAUGUCAAAUCAGAAACACCAUCAAGGCUCUAUGAGAUGAAGCUUUUCUAUCAUUAUCUCCUGACCACUAGCCAUACUUUGACGACUGAUCCACAACUUCAAUUCUUUUGGCUUUCCUGGGUGCCAAAGGUAGCAACCUCACACGAAUACGUCAUGGAUUUCGUUCUUGCUUUGGCAGCCCUACACCUAGCUUCUUCUACACUCGGUACCGAUGAAUCCCAAACUUGGUUACGUUCUGCCUUACAAUAUCACACUCGUGCCCUUGCUGGUUUCCGUGAGAGCCUCAAGCUCAUAUCAUCAGAAGGUAGCCGGGCAAGCUUCGUCUGCUCCAUUUGCAACAUGGUUUUUGUCAUGGGUUACCAAACCGUCUCACAUAAGGAGACCUCAAGAGACCCUUUGGAUGACUUCCUGGAAACACGGGCCAUGUUGAAGAUGACCCGCUUUCUAGGAAAUCAGUCCGACCGACCUCAAGCCAAUCCAUUCUCUGAUACCGAGUUACAGAAUGGUCAUAUAGCAGUCCACCAGGAGGAAAGUUAUGAUGUCAAGUUUACCAAUCUACAUAAUAGGUCUAUUUUGGAAAGACUGGCGGUAUUCGGCCGUGGGAUAGUACAUGGGAAUCCCGAAAAAGAGAUGGUGCUCAAGAACACUUUUCAGAUUCUCAAGGAAUCUAUUGAGGCCUGGCAAAUGAGAAUUGGAUCUCUCAAUUUUUCUUUGGAAGUGAGCGACGCUUUUGUUGAUCUGCUCAAACAGGGUGAUUGGAUGGCUCGUAUUAUUCUAUUAUUCCAUGGACUUGGAAUGCACUUACAUUCGGAGCGAUGGCCUAUCAAAGAUUCUGGGAAACGUCUAGUCCUGGCUGUCCUGCCUCGCAAAAAUGAUGUGUCUUCUCAGUGGGAAGACUUGAUCACUUGGAUGGAAUUGGCAGUGAAUACAUAA